CUUCCGCUCUUGUCUCCACCGCAGCGGUGACGGAACGAAAACAAAAAUGCGAUAGUUAAACUUCCCAGAGGAGCUGGGGGCCAAUGACAACCUCAUUACCGUGCCCUGGUACACUUUCUGGCAGUUCAUAUAAAUGUCAUUCCUCUGGACGUGAGGCGCGUGAUUGAAAAAGGCAACUAUGCAGUUAUCUCCGACCAACGGAGAUUUUACCUUCGUCUCCUCCUCAGAAGCUGAAGAGCUCAGCGGCACCAUCAGCACCCCAGAUGUUAAACUGAACAUGGGCAGUGACGGUGGCAGAGACCCCUACGCCACCACCUUCCUGAGGCAACGAGGUUACGGCUGGCUGCUGGAGGUGGAGGAGGACGACAACGAAGAGACCAAACCUCUUCUGGAGGAGCUGGACAUUGACCUGAAGGACAUCUAUUACAAGAUUCGGUGUGUCCUGAUGCCCAUGCCGUCCCUGGGUUACAACCGGCAGGUAGUCCGAGACAACCCGGACUUCUGGGGCCCUCUGGCAGUUGUGCUCCUCUUUUCCAUGAUCUCAAUCUAUGGCCAGUUCAGGGUUGUGUCUUGGAUCAUCACCAUCUGGAUAUUUGGAUCGCUAACUAUCUUCCUGCUGGCUCGAGUUCUCGGUGGUGAAGUUUCUUACGGCCAGGUUCUUGGAGUGAUCGGAUAUUCCCUUCUUCCUCUCAUCGUCAUCGCCCCUCUGCUCCUGGUGAUUGGAGGAUUUGAGGUGGUUUCUACACUAAUCAAACUGUUCGGAGUGUUCUGGGCUGCGUACAGUGCCGCUUCACUACUCGUCGGAGAUGAAUUCAAAACGAAGAAGCCCCUCCUCAUAUAUCCCAUAUUGCUUUUGUAUAUCUACUUCCUGUCCCUGUACACUGGUGUGUGACUGGAUGAGAUGGAACUGUGGACCUUUUCAUGGACGCUUGGGAGAAAACAGUUCUACAGCACCACCAGGAGGUUUUUAAAAAGCUGUUUAUUUCUUCUUGGGUUUUUUGUUUUUUAACUCUGCUCAGUUGUAGGCUGUGGGGAUGUGUGGAGUAAACAUGGGUGUACAUAGGUCUGUCCCUUCUGUCUCUGGUCAAUAAAAUGCAGAUGAUUAUGCAGCUUAAACCUUUUUAUGCACACAUUUAUCAGUGGUGCACUGUAGUUCCCAUAUUCCUGCAUUUGUUUGUAGUUCCUCAAGCCGAACCUAAUCGCAGGGUUGCAGAAUAUUGUCAUUUUUUAUUUUUAUUAUUAGAAGUUUUUUCCAAUCUAAAUCACAUUUAAUGUGGUGCCAAAUAUUUGUGUAUAGAGGAAGUUAAUGGCGGUGGAGGAUGAAUUGAAGAAAAACGAAUGCACCACAGUCAGAUUUGUCACUGUUACACACUCUACUGCUUCAUCACAAAUGUCCAUUUUUGCUUCCCAGUUUCCCUUUAAGUCUGGUUUUUAGCAGGAGGAGCAGACUACAACAUGUCUGCUAUAUGUGGUGCCUUGUUCUCCCUCCCUGAGUCCUGUUUCUCGGCUCCUUGAUACAGCCCCAUCAGCACUUCAUCAAUAAGAACUAAGCAGAGGAAACUGCUGGUUAAUUAUCUGGUAAAUCUGGACUGUAUACCGCAACAUUUGGUUCACUCAGAAGUCAAGUCAUUGUUGUGAACUGCAUUGUGGAGGAAAAACAUCCUGUAUCUGUUAGAUGUGCCAUGUGCUUUUAGUAUUCUCUGAACCAUGAACUCAGAAUGAGCUUGAACUGAUUACGCUGGACGUCCGCUAACAGUCCUGAUCUGCAGAAAACAGUAGCUGAGCUGAGUUUCUGUACUUUCACAGAUAUUUAGAUAAUUGAUGAAGUUUAAAAUUUUAAAUGUGUAAAUAAUCCCCAGUUC